GCGAGGUGAUGUAAUGCUUCUGUAAAUAGAUCAUGCCGUAAUCGCGUUUCAGUUAGGCGCGCUCGGGGUUUGCGCGAGGAGCGUCGCUCGUCUCGGUCUGCGCGCGCGUUCAGGCUCUUCAGCUCUCAGUGAUGAACACUGAUCAGGAUGGGCCAUAUGUAUGCACUGCUCCUGGAUGCACUCAGCGCUUCCAAAGAGAAGAUCAUCUGAUCAUACACAGGCACAAGCAUGAGAUGACCCUCAAGUUCUCUUCCAUGAAGUGUGACAACACGCUGUCAGAUCAGACUCCAACUCCAACACGAUUCCUGAGGAACUGUGAGGAGGUCGGACUCUUCAGUGACCUGGAGCUCAAUCAGGCAUCAGAUGAAGAGGAGACAAAGAAGACCUUCUCAGGUUCAUCAGGAGAGACUCAGCAUUAUGGAUCCCAGCAGCAGCAGCAGUGUGCCCUGGAUCAGUUCCACACACACCUUCUCCACACACACACCUCGUCAUCUCACUGCUCUAUGGUACCACACACCAACCACAGCACCACCAACACACAGUCAGACCUCAGUUGUCUCCAUGGUCAGCAGCAUCCGCCUGCAGCAUGCUCCAUGCCAGCUCCCUCCUCUGUGUGUAUGAACACGCAGUUACCAGUGGACCCCAGCAUGACUGACCUAGCAGGACCUCCUCUCUCCAGAACAGGACCUGCAGCCCAGAGGUCAAAGGUCAUGUUGUGCCAGAGCCAGCCAGCCAACAGGAACCAGAACCCCAUGGGUCACAUGAUGGAGGUGAUGUCAUCACAGCACAUGAGGAUGGGGCUUCCGCUGACACACUUGCCAGCGUUAGCUCAUCCGUCGUAUCCGCAGCACGGCCUUGGCCAGUCACAGCAGAGACACACCCAUCAGCAUCAAAGCCAAGAGCAGGCUCCUCACAGCUGUGCUCACCAUUCGCCCCCUACACACCUGCACCCGGGCCCAGCGCAAGCUCCAGCCAAACACCUGACACACCAACCAAUCCCUGCACAGAUAUCUCCAGUUCCUAAAAACACCAUGUGUGCAGAAUCACCUCCGCAGACAAGCGGAGGGAAACGCAAACGGACAGCAGACGAGGAUCCAGACGAGCGCAGGCGCAAGUUUCUGGAAAGGAACCGAGCAGCAGCGUCACGCUGCAGACAGAAGAGGAAAGUCUGGGUGAUGUCACUGGAGAAGAAGGCAGAGGAACUGACCCACACUAACCUGCAGCUCCAGAACGAGGUUACACUCCUUAAAUCAGAGGUCAUUCAACUGAAGCAGCUUCUGCUGGCACAUAAAGACUGCCCUGUCACUCUGAGACAACGGGAAACACAAGUUGGCAGCCUGACAGGAAGUCCCCUCCAGACACAAACUAUCCAACACAACAGCAUCUCAUCGUCCAGCACCACAGCGGCACACGCACACCUCAGCACAUGCUCGCACGCCACAUCCUAAAGGCAGUCUGGACACACCGAUCCAUUUCAGUGGCUGAGAAAAAAGGAAUUUGCUGCCUGUUAUAUUUGAAGUCAAUAAUUAUGAUUGAUCUCAAAAAUGACCUAUGAUUCAUCUCAGUUAACGAUGUCAAGCGUCAGAAACAGGAGACGUCCGUACAGACCGAUCAUCAGGAACGCUGGAUCCGCUCGCACUGUGACUGACGGGAAGAUACCGAAUGGACAAGCUCACCUUCGCUUCCUGUCACUUUUGCCGAGUGGGAUUGCCUCAGGGACGUGUUCACUUCUGGCAAUAUGUGUGUGUGUGUGUGUGUGUGUUCUUUGUGUUUUCUAGCACUUUGUUUGUUUUUUUUCUCUGCCUCAGCUAAACAACUCUGUGGAGAACAGGCUUUUUGUACUUAUAGAUCAGGGGAAUGUAUGAUAGUGUAAAUAGAAACAGAUAGUUUCGUAUUGCUUUGGAUCUCAUCUGCACCUUCUGCUCUGACCUGCACACGUGUCCUCAUCUUUCCUGAAGCAGUUCUCAGAGCGCUUUUUUCAGUGAGCCACUCAGGUGUCACAUACCAAAUGAAACUAAACUAUCUUCACUGCUUCCUUAACUGUGUUUAUAUCAUUCACUUAUACUGUAUAUGAGGAAUUAUUCAGAUACCAACGCUAAGGUAUUUCUAAUCUCCAUCGUCCAGUUUUCAUCUGAACACAGACAGAAAAAUAAAAAAGUACCUUAUUUCCUGCAAUCACAUGUCAUCAGUUGGAUAAUAAAACCUUGACACUGUGUCAUUACAUGUCUGUGCAUUAGGUUACACAAUGUUUCAUAUACAUAUACAGCACAGUGUUACAUGUUUAAAACCUGGGUGAAACACAAUCUAAAUGCUGAAGCUGACAAUAUUUUCCAUGUACAGUUUUUAAAAAAAAAAAAUCUUUAUAUGUCCAUAUUACUUUAUUUUUGUACCAGCUAACUAACAUGUUAUUUCUAUUUCUAAUAAAAGAACUUGAGCUACA